CCAUAGCCAUAAAAAAACCAUAGCAAUCAUUACCAAAACAAAACCCUCCUUUCCUUUCCAUGGCGGAAACGAGCAACAGCAGCAGCUUCAACAGUGGAUCAUCGCCCUUGCCCUUAGCUCCUGACCAUCUCUUUACCAUCUUGCUUUUACUUCCCAUCGAUUCCAUCCUAUCCUUCGCCAUGACUUGCAAGAAACUCAGCUAUUUGGCCACUUCCGAUCAUCUCUGGGAAUCCCUUUGCAGGAGAGAUUGGGGAAAUACUUCUGUCGAUGCUCUGAAAUCUUCCUUUCAUGCCCAUCAACAACCGCUUCCCUGGAUUAGGAUUUACAAGAAGGUCUCCCUGGUUGACACUGUCUGUUGUUACAAACUCACUGAACCAGAUUCCGAUUUGCUUUUGCCCACUCCUCGUGCUUCUCACUCUCUCAAUUUUGUCUCCGGUUGCUUGGUUUUGUUCGGUGGCGGCUGUGAAGGAGGGCGCCAUCUUGACGACACAUUGGCAGCUUACAUCGGCAACAAUUCGCACAAGAUACUAAAAUGGCAGAAGAUUCAAACAGGAAUCCCGAGUGGAAGAUUUGGCCAUACAUGUGUUGUCAUUGAAAAUUAUCUUGUUUUGUUCGGAGGAAUCAAUGACAGAGGCGACCGACACAGUGAUACAUGGUUGGGACAAGUUUCAAUCCUUGAAAACCUCGACAUCUCACUGUCAUGGCGGCUGCUCGAUGUCGGCUCGACGUCUCCUCCACCGCGAGGAGCCCAUGCUGCAUGUUGUAUAAGCUCUAGGAGGAUGGUGGUCCAUGGCGGAAUCGGUUUGAAUGGUGUCAGGUUAGAUGAUACAUGGAUUAUAGAACUGUCCGAAAAUCAUCGUUUUGGAACAUGGCAUCAGAUGGUUAGCCAUCCGUCGCCUCCAGCCCGUUCAGGACAUUCGUUGACAUGCAUUAGUGAAACGCAGACAAUUCUGUUUGGUGGAAGAGGAUUGGGAUAUGAAGUUCUGAAUGAAUGGGUGUUGCAUGUGUCUGAAGGUAACUCGAAAUGGGUUCAAGUAUUUUAUGACUUGCAGAACGUACCGGCGGGAGUUUCACUCCCAAGAGUCGGACAUUCGGCUACAUGGAUAGUAGGUGGACAGUUACUAAUUCAUGGAGGAGAAGAUUCAUUGAGGCAUAGAAAAGAUGAUUUCUGGGUGUUGGAUAUCAGUCGCAUAUCAUUAGAAAGAAUGCAUCCAACAGGAUUGAGUUCCAAAAGACUGUUGGUGAACAAGUGGAGAAGACUUAAAGCCCUAGGUUAUACCCCAGGGUGCCGAUCGUUUCAUAGAGCCUGCGUUGAUGAUUCAGGUCGAAACUUGUAUGUGUUCGGCGGAAUGGUGGACGGAUUGCUUCAGCCUGCUGAACCAGCUGGACUUAGGUUUGAUGGUGAGCUAUUUCUGGUGGAGUUGGCCCUUCAGUUAUGAAAAG